UACCAUAUUAAUAAUUUUCUUAUUACACUAAGGCAUCUGUGAAUGUUGUGCAGUGUCAAUGUGUCCUUCUUAGGAAAAAUAAGGGUAGUGCUCAAUAGUGACAUAUGUGGCUGAUUUUUAAUUGAAGCAACAUAACGUUCUUCUUCGUGAUGUUCUAAUUUUUUUUCUCUUGACACUAUUUGCAGCUACUUGCAACCAUGGCAUCUAAUGCACUUGAGGAAAAAAUAAAUAAAAUUCGACAGCAAAAUGAAGAAAUUAGAAGAAGAUAUGAGGAAGUUGAAGAAGAUAAAAAAAAUGCAGCAAAAUUAAAUGCUUUGGUACAAAUGGUACCAUCAACAGAUUGGCCAGAGAGAAAAGAACCACCAGAAUUUGUAAAUCCUCCUAAAAUUAAACCAAAAUUAACCAAAGAAAAACAUGAAUAUAUAUCACAUUCCCAUGCUGGGGAAGGAAAAAAAAUUCAUUCUUUUGCUCAAGGAGAGGGACCACCACCGGAUCCUAAAUACAAUUUUUUAGCAGAUUCUGAACGAGAAGAACCUAAUGUAGAAUAUAUAAAAGAAAAUAAUGGGAAUAGAUGUCAUCAUAAAAUAACAAAAGGAAGUUUCAGAAAAAAGAUUAAUAGCAGAGAGGGUAAUCAGAAAGAUAUUAAAUCAAAUAAAGGAAAUUACAGAGAUGAAUCUCAACCAGCAUAUGAUGCUUGGAGAGCAGAAAGAAAUCGUAUUGAUGAAGAUCGUAUUAGUAGACAAAGAACUGCAGAAGGCAAUUGGCGUAGAGAAUGGGAUAAUGAUAAAGUACAUAUUAUAUAUGAUGCAGUAAAAAAAUCAUCAAGGCCUACAUUAGGAGAUUUUACAAAAAAGGAUAAAGAUUCUGAUAAGAGAUAUCAUGUUAAUAAUAAUGAACAUGUCAAUUACAUUCGUGGAAAUCAUCGUCCUCAUCGUGGAACAAAGAAUUUUUAUAAUAAUUAUGAAAAUCGAUCUUAUAAUACUUAUGACCAACAUAGAAAUAAUACAGCAAUAUCCACAAAAACUCCUGUUUCUCCAACUUCUGAAGAAAGAACUGUCAUUGCAACUGAUAAAAGUAUUAAGGUUACAGUAAAUCAAAGCAAUAUAACAAAAGGACCUGUAAUGAGUGUUAAAGUGAAUUCACCAAGUAUAGCUGGAACUGGAAGAGUUGGACCACGGCAAAGAACUCGUUUAACAUAUAGUCAUUCAGAUGUCGAUACACCUUCGUCAGAAGGUGAAUCGUUUUUCCGUCAAAAAUCAUUUGAAGAUAAAUCCAAAGGAACUUAUUUUAAUAAUCAGAAGUUCCCUAAUUUAAAAAGAUCUCAUUCACAAAAAAAAAAAGAAAAUGAGGCAAAAUAUCAAUAUCAUUCAAAGAAAGAUAUAAAAAAGGAAGAUAGUGAUUCAUAUAAGCAUUACGAAAAUGAAUUUAAAUCUUAUACACAAAAAGAUCAAUAUAAAUCUCAUGCUAUUAAAUCACCAAAAUCUUUAAAGGAAAAUAUAAAAAUAAUAGAAGAUGGUUCUUCAAAUGUGAAUGUUUCACAAAUACACAAAACUCAAGAAUGUUCAACUCUUAGUAAAAUAAAAUUGGAACAAAAUGCUGAAAUGAAUAUAGAACAUAAUGUUGAACUAAAUAUCAAACAUAAUGAUGAACAGAAUAUUGAAUAUAAUAGUGAAAAAAAAAUUAAUGAUGAACAGAAUAUUGAACAUAAUGCAACAGAAAAUUGUUGUAACAUUCAAUCUAUUAAAGUAUCAAGUAUAGAAAAUGUGCAAUCAAAUAUUGAAAAUAAGAUAACAAAUAAAAUAUCAUCGAUAAAAGAAAUAAAAAUUGAAGAAAUUUCUUUAUCUUCUAUAUUAAAUACAGAUAAUUUUGAACACAUUACCAAAGAUGAUAUCGAUAAAAAUAGCUUUGAAAAUAACAAUGAAUGUUUAGAUUCUCAUACAAAUAAUGUAACAAAAGAUUUACGAGAAAAUAUGUCUUCCGAAAUAUCGGUUCCAAUUAAUAUUCAUGAGAAAUUAAUAUUAAAAAAUAAUGAAGUAUUUAAUGAUGUUAUUGAGAUAGAUAAAGAUCUUUUGUAUGAAAAUGAUCAACAAAAAUCAAAACAAGUUACGGAACAGUUUGUAAACGACUGUGAUAAUAUCGAAGAUAAAGUUACAGUGCAACAAAGUAUAGAGAAGAUAACAGAUAAUUCUAUAUCUUUAUUGGAAGAUAAAAUACAUUCUGUGAUAGAAAUUAAUAAUCAAUCUGUAUGCAAUAAUAAAUUAAUAGAAAAAGAACAAUUAAUACAGAAAGAAAUAUUGAAUUUAGAAAAUACAGCAAAGAAAAAUAACGUAUCUGAUACCAAUUUAAAGGAUAUUAUGAAUUUUUGCGAAAUAAAAUCUGAAAAUAUUUUUAGUCCUGCAGAUGGAAGUGUGGAUGGAAAUUCAGUACAAGAAAAUAAAGAUAAAAUUGAGGAAAUAAAAGAAAACAAAGAAAAAGUAAACGAAAUAAAUGAUAAAAUAUUGCAAUAAAAACAAUAUCAAGUCUUAAUAAAAUGUGUAAUGAAUUACGCCUAUACUUUUUGAUAUUAGAAA